AUGCUCGGAGUUUCUGAAGUCACGCCAAAGUCGUUAGAUCCUGUCGUUUCACUCCGCACGAAGCCGCGUGUCUCCGCUCCACCGAGACGCAAUUCACGGCGGAGUCAUCCAGGCGUGAAUAAACGAUCGGCAAUUGCGCUAGGCACCUCCGCCCGUGUAUUAAAACACAACAGGCUUCUUAAGUCUUGUGAACCCCUGGCGGCUGACGAUGAUGCCAUUGAAUCAACGCAACCAAUGGAGACCUUGUGUACGCAACCCAUGGUUGACGUCGAAUCCGCUGAUCAACUCUUCACCAUGACCCAGACACCCCUUCCAAUUGAGGCCACAUCGGACACACUUGAAUUUCCAGAUCUGUCACACAAACGACAUAGGGGAAAACCUGCUACGAAACCAAUGCCUCCCAUGCAGCGAGCUGCAUCAGAAACUGUUUCGAUGCGAAAGCCCCCAACAGAGGAUGAAGGUGAGACGCUAUCGUCUAGGCGGAGCUCGAAGCUCUCUUUCUCGUCUCUCAAGGGACAUUCUUUCCUUCGUGGUUUGGGUUUUGGCAGACGGCGUCACCGGAGUCAGUCUGAAGAGUCGACUGAGUCCUCUACGAGCUCGUGCAUUCCUCCACUUCGUGACCGCCUUUCUGCUGCGUCCGCGACCACUCCAAAGAGGAAAAAACGCAAAACGAAUGACCUCUAUUCCCCUUGGCUUAGAGGUUCUCGCUUUCGGUUCUUAAAAAAAUACCGUAUUGGCUCCGGCUCAAGAAGGUCGCGUGCUUCCCUCCCUCCAUCACGGCUUUUCAGUCCCGGUUGGUCUCGUAUCAAGGGAAUAAGCGCUGAUUUCGGUAGACAAUCUAAAACGCAGUUGCUUAUCCGAUCGACGAAGAAACGUGUGCCUGGAGAAAGCGGCCUCAAGCGUCGCCCUAUAAAUCCAGACCCACCAAAAUCAGGUCCCGUCUGUCCAUUUUUUCUGCCUCUGAAACGCCUAGGGCAUAAAAGUACCCAGGAAAUGUGUACAUCAUUUGUUUUAUGUAGCCAGUGCGGUUGUCGUGCCACGGUCUUCUCAGCAAGUGAAAAGCCCUUCAGUAUGCCAGCGCCCUGUCCUAUUGUCCACGAUAAAGAGGCCUAUUGGCCGGAAUCAGGCAGGGAACUGCCUCCCUGUUCUGCUGACAGGUCGAAGCGGCUGGAAUUUUCGCCUGCACCAACAUCCGUCGUCACUAUACAGCCUUCUUACAUCCCACAAAGUUUUAGCAUGAAUACGGUUCAAUUGGGUAAUGAUGAAGAAUCAAUCGCAGCUGAAACCAAUAACGCUGAGCCACUAUCCUGCUCAACUCAGAUGGCUUUAUCCUCAGUAAAUAUUCAGCCGUCUUUUGUGCCACAGUCGUUUAGUGUGAAUACUUUCACUUCAAAAACAGAAACGCAGGUAGAGGUGAGGUCGGAGGCGGAGUUUGAUCAUCAGGUAUCAUCAGGGGACAAAUCUGGCCAAUCAAAAAUGGCGGUUGCGGCAGAUCCCCUGAGCUUGUCUAUUUCCCUAAGAGACACACCGCAGACACCUCUCCCUCAAAUUGGCGCUCCGAUUGUGCCGGAGACCCCCAUCCAACCUGAGGUGACGCCCCUAGGACCAGUCACUUCGCCGAGCCCCGUUGAUACCGAAACGCGUGACGAUCUGGCUGGUUGUAAACUUAUAUCAAAAUUUGAAUUGGAGAACAUUAGCCGAGAAUGUGCGGACCUGGAGGAGGAGGUGACGAGGCUACAGCAAGAGCUAGAGGAUGAGGCCCUCGACCCAGACCAAAUUCAGGAACUUCUUGCCAAUGCAGGCACCGAAACGGAGCAGGUGGAAGACGAGGUUAUCUCGGCAUCUCCCGUUCCCGAAAAUGUCGAUGCCUCUCCAGGCCUGCCUGCAACUCAAACACCCAGACCCUGCGAUUCAGCCGCCCACAGCGCGGAGUUGAAUAAGCUUGAUAUGGUCUCAGACGCAAAUGCAAUGGAAGAUGCCCUGGACGUUAUUCCUUCUUCACAAUGCGAUGAGGAAAUGGAACCAUCCACACCUCCACCGCCACCACCGGAAUCUCCUCAAUCCAACGAGGAACCAGAAGACGAGCACGAAGCUACUCGUGCUGCAGACAUUGUCCCUGCUCCCCAGACGUCUGAUGAAGCUCCAACUGCAGUAACCCGCGUUGAGAAUAGUCAAAGCCAGUCGGUGGCCGCGUCGGAGGUGCUCUCGAUGUCUAUGAAGCCGUCCGACACCACAGCCGCCGACACAAUGCCUUUUACCCAGCCUCCGGAAACUCACCAGCAGCAGGUAACCAGUUUUAUCGCGGAUACUGAAAAUCUUGUCGCCAGCAUGAAACAGGAGGACGAGGCAACUGCACCGACAAUUUUUAUUACAGGAUCGAAUCUGUCCUCCGAGGAAAGUGUAUGUUGUUUUCUUUUUUUAAAUAUCAUAAGCCAAUUUAAUGCCGUGGAAGACCCCCGUUUCGUGCCGAACCGAACAACACACGUUGUUAUGGCGACAGAAGCGGCACGACCGCGGGUCACCCAACGGACUCUCAAGUACUUUAUGGGAAUACUUCAUGGAGCCUGGGUGAUCAAUACUCAGUGGCUUCGCAAAUGCCUCCUGGCCAACACCCUGCUCUGUGAGCUGAUGGCAAUUCCUUUUUCUUUUCCAAAGGAACCUUUUGAGAUCCAAGGGGACACUGUGUGCGGUGACUGUCACGAGGGGCCCCGCCGGGGACGACUUCGAGUACCGGCGAUACCGCCAAUCGCGCGCCCACUGCAACCCCUCGGAGAAAACACGCAGUCCUCUGUAGGCACGUCGGCCGAUCGGCGCCCCUUCGUUGGCCUCAUGCUGUGUGCCUUUGGCGAAAUCGGCCCACUCACCACGGAGGAAUUCACCACUCUGGUUCGUGCUGGCGGAGGCACUGCGUUAGCCGAACCCAAGCAUUUCCUCACGCUCGCCGGUGGCUCCCCUCCCUCGGCGAAGCCGAAAGGCCUCAAAUGCAUGAUUCUCACGAGCUCUGCGUCUCCCAAGUUCAAUCUCGACCGGUGUAUAGGUAGGAUAUGUAUUUAUCACAAGCGCCAGGUUCAAACGCUUCGUGCAACAAGUUGCUCACCUCUUAGUGCUAACGCCCUAUUUUGUAAAGACCCUUUCCCUCAUCGUUAUCGCACACGUGGUCCAGUUUAA